CACUUCCGGUUCGGAGGCGCGCGACCGGCGUAGCUACUUCCGGGUUCCGAAUUCGUUCGCUCCUCUUCGCCACGCCGCACAGAUACUUUCUGCCGCCGUCUACUGCAUCCGGGCCUCUCGCACUGCUGCCCCUCCCCGUCCCACUGGGGAGAUGCUGCUGCGGGACUUGCUGGGCCCUGGUGCCGCGGCCUGGUCCGCGAUCUCGGGGCUGCGGGGGCUGGUGCUGCUGCUGUGCCUGGGGGGCGCCGUGCGGGCCUCCGAGAUCACAUUCGAGCUGCCUGACAACGCCAAGCAGUGCUUCUACGAGGAGAUCGCGCAGGGCACCAAGUGCACGCUGGAGUUCCAGGUGAUCACUGGAGGGCAUUAUGAUGUUGAUUGUCGACUGGAAGAUCCUGAUGGCAAUGUGUUGUACAAAGAGAUGAAAAAACAGUAUGAUAGCUUUACCUUCACUGCAUCUAGGAAUGGAACAUACAAAUUCUGCUUCAGCAAUGAAUUUUCUACUUUCACGCACAAAACUGUGUACUUCGACUUCCAGGUUGGAGAAGAUCCACCUCUGUUUCCUAGUGAGAACAGAGUCACUGCACUUACCCAGAUGGAGUCUGCUUGUGUUUCAAUUCAUGAAGCUUUGAAGUCUGUUAUCGAUUAUCAGACUCACUUCCGCUUGAGGGAAGCACAAGGUCGCAGCAGAGCAGAGGAUCUAAACACCAGAGUAGCCUAUUGGUCAAUAGGGGAAGCCAUCAUUCUUCUAGUAGUUAGUAUUGGGCAGGUAUUUCUCCUCAAAAGCUUCUUCUCCGAUAAAAGAACCACCACAACCCGGGUUGGAUCAUAACCAGUAGUGAAAUGAUGCUUCAGAUCCACUGUACUCUGUUCAUCUGUAAACUUACUGUUCUCCAGUUAAUUGUAGAUACAAAAGAACUAAAGAUGGGCAACAUUUUUAAUACCUUUUUACCCCUUCCCAUUCAUUAAAAAUUACAAAAAGUAGUCAAAGUUAUGAAAGGGACACCUUCUUAUUUGAAAUAUUUGGAAAAGUUGAGAACUUACUAUUUUUUGAUGUUUGUGUUAAGCAUCCAGCAGUGAUCUAUUUUUCCUUUAUUUGUAUUCACUGAUUAAUCUGUGGUAUGCUUUGAAAAAAACCCAAAUAGUUGAUAUGGAAGACUGUACAUGUGAAAAAUCGAUAUUUUAGCUUUUCAGGCUGAAGGUAUUGGAUUAAAAACAAAAGCAAAUGUGAUGAACGGUAGUCACAAAGCAUUGAACUGCAUUGUUUUGAUUUGCUCUGAAAAAUCCAAUCCAUAUAUCUUUUUUUGCUGUAGAACUGUUGCAAAUUAACACUACAUCAUGGCAUAAAUAUGGUUCUAUAGAAUGGUAAGUCUCCGCCUUUCAAAAUUGUUAAGUUUUAUAUUUAAACAAGUUUGUUUAACAAAAAAAAACCAGACAUUCUUCCUAUAUUAAAAUAUAAUGAAUUUCCUGUUUUACAAUAUUUUUUUUGUAGAACAAAUUGGUUUCCUGAGUAGUCUCAGUUUACAAUUUUCUAUACUCUAUUAAAAUCAAAAUUUCCAAGGCGCACUUUUUUUU